GUCGUCUUUUGUGCGCCUGGCGGGAAUCUGGUGGCGCCUUUACACUUGUUUGCUUUUGGACUUGUUUUGAGUUCUGUUAAGGAGGAAACAUGCAGGCUUUUCUAAAAGGAUCCACACAAAGUGUUAAACCACAAAAGGACAAAGCAGGAGCAUCGGGCAGUGGAGAGAAGCGUCAGAAGCUGGUCCCAUGGGUGGAAAAAUACAGGCCGAGGUGUGUGGAUGAAGUUGCCUUUCAAGAGGAGGUUGUUGCAGUAUUGAAGAAAUCACUAGAGGGCUCUGAUUUGCCUAAUUUGCUGUUUUACGGGCCUCCAGGAACAGGAAAAACAUCCACAAUCCUGGCUGCAGCAAGAGAGCUUUAUGGUCCAGAGCUAUACAAACACAGGGUGCUGGAGCUAAACGCCUCAGAUGAAAGAGGGAUUCAGGUGAUUCGAGAAAAAGUAAAAACCUUUGCUCAGCUCACAGUGGCUGGGACACGAACAGAUGGAAAAUCUUGUCCUCCGUUUAAAAUCAUCAUUCUUGAUGAGGCAGACUCCAUGACCAACGCUGCCCAGGCUGCUCUCAGACGCACCAUGGAGAAAGAGUCUCGUACCACUCGCUUCUGUCUCAUCUGCAACUAUGUCAGCAGAAUCAUUAAUCCUUUGACGUCCCGCUGCUCCAAGUUCCGCUUUAAACCCCUCGGAGACGAGAUUCAGCACGAGCGGCUAGUAAACAUCUGCACGAAGGAGAACCUUAAGUACACCAAAGAGGGUAUUGAGGCGCUGGUCAAAGUAUCAGAGGGAGAUCUUCGAAAAGCUAUAACACUCUUGCAGAGUGCAGCACGACUCACUUCAGAGAAGGAAGUCACAGAGAGCAUCAUUAUAGAGAUCUCAGGGGUGGUUCCACCAAAAGUGAUUGAAAACCUGCUGAAGACCUGUUACAAAGGCACUUUUGAGAAAGUGGAGAUUGCAGUAAAGGAUAUGAUUGAUGAAGGCUACGCUGCCACACUGAUACUAAACCAGCUCCAUGACAUUAUUAUAGAGGAGAAACUGAAUGAUAAACAGAAGUCUGUAAUCACAGAGAAGAUGGCAGUGGUGGAUAAGUGCUUGGUGGAUGGCGCUGAUGAGUACUUGCAGUUGUUGAAUCUUUGCUCGGUCAUCAUGCAGCAGGCUGCACAGAGCAGCUGAGUUCAUCAUAUAACGUUGUGUUGGUCGAGUCCAAGUAUUUUCUUGUUUUGUACUAAAAUUGUAAUUAAAAAUUAUUUCCUACAAA